UUUCUCUUUCUCUAUGUCCCUCUCUGGAGGAAUGGAUUCUCCGGCGACCGGAACUCUGAGACCUCGCCGGAGACCCCUACAGCCUCUCAGCUCUCCGGCGAAUCAUUUGCCUACGGAGAAGAUGUCGUCGAUCCAGAUCUCGAAGCAGAUCGAUGGCGAUGCAGGCAAGGAGAACCACCCGGCGUUCUCUGGCCGGCUGGAUGCGUCGCUGGCGGAGGAGCUCGGGGUUGCGCGGAGGAGAAGAGAUAGGAUCCGAUUGGAAAGGGAGAGAACUGAGAGGAUGCUUGGAGAGCGGGAUUUGGUUCUUGAGAACGGGAUGAGAGAUUUGGUGAUGAGAGGAGAAGAGCAGAGGAGGUUGGAGUUGGAGCUUCUGCGUCUCAUUGGGAUCAGUGAUCUGGGGCUUCUUUCGGGAUCAUCAUCUCCAAUUAGGUCUUUGAGAGAAAGGGAGGAAGAGAGGAGGAACAAGGAUGCUGGUAGUGCAUUGCAGGUAGGCAAUUGAAUUCGAGGAUGAAGAUAACAAGUUACAGGAGCUCUGUUCAUCUGGUGAAUCAGGAAAGAUAAACUAGAUUCAGUCUUCCUAUUACCUCCAUUGUUUUAUUACUUCUUUUUCGUCGUAUUAGUAUAAGAGAUUUCCUCAAAAUCACAUUCCAGGCAUUCUUUUUCUCUUUUUUCUUUGAGGAGUGUAUAGCUUGUGAUCCCUACAAAAACUUGGUAAGCAAAUUUAGUCUCAUUUGCAUGUGUGAUCACAUUGACAGGAUCUAUGAAAAUUCAAAUGAAGAUUAUUUGGUGCUAA